GGACGUUGUCAGCACUCUGGUCAGUCGACCCACAUCUGUCAUAUUCUACGACUGGACAUCACAUACCACGAUGUCGACCAGGAAACGACAGUAUCCCAGAAUGUGAUGAGGAAUAACUGGACAUUCAUUGACACUCACGGAACCCAAUUAGAGAGAGUUGCUAACAGGACAGAUUUCGCAGAUACUGUUUAAUAUUUCGUUAAAUCGUAGAAUAUCUGGAAGUCCUGCUGUAUGUCCUAACUUUACUUAGCUUAUUGACGCGAUAUUGACGGAUACCAAAAAAAACUAUUUGUUGACCGAUUUAUUGACGUGUAUUGAGUAUCACCCAUUGCUAUUGUUCUGAUGAAUUAGUGUUAUACGGCAGGUGUGGUAAGGUACAUUGUACUAAAGCGUUGAUGUGGUGUGUGUGAUGGUCACAAGAUUUUAUUUAGAGCAGUGUGGUCAGUAGCCUAUACCACUGUAUUACCACAUUGCACACUACCUGCGAAACAUCUGUAACAUUGGGAUUUCGGCCAAAUGAAACAGAUGACAAAGUUUUGCUUCCAAAUCCAAAAAGCAGCACGAGAAGGACAGUACACGAGUAAAACUCCCCGGAUGUAGAUCUUCCUCCUAAGUUACAGGACUAUCUUAAGAUAUAGAAUACCUUCGUAAUGUUUAAUUGAUAUAUACAACUAUAUUACACAAUCCUGGGGAUUAAUACGACAGUGUAAUAUAUGUGUGAAGUAUUUACAGGAUACGUUUUCGUUAUUCUCGAUGUGUUUGUGACGUCGAAUACAAAAGAUACGGAGUUCCCUUACGGACUACAAUUUCGGUUAUAAACCAAACGUACAGUGAAGGUGAGGAUGUCGUGCUGAAUCUGUGGGGCUAUAAGAGCAAAGUAUCAAACAGUUUAUCUGACUAAAGUUAUACCCAACUGAUAUUCAACAAGACACAAUCUGAAGAUGAAGGAGUUCGAGGAGACAAGCGAAGGAAAGCUGGAGAUGGACGCCGGGUCUGACUGGACAAGAAACAUGAAGGAUGACAUUAUCUUCAAAUCUGAUGGGUCUCACCGCCGAUUUGAAGAUGACCUUGGAGGGUUUACCCUGACCCCCGUCCUACUGAAGGAGAGGAUAUACGACCACAACAGUAUACAUGACCCUGAGCUCUACGACGGGUUCUCCGGCUAUGGCUUGUCUACUAGUAGCUCUCGGUCAUUUCUCGGAAGGCCUCGGAAAGAUCGGGGAACUCAAGGCCGCAUCGGCCUUAUCCUGGUGCUGUUGAUUGGAGCUCUGCUGAUAUCCUUCGGCGUGGGACUCCUCGUCCAUUACUGGUUAAUGAUGCAAGAAGAGAGUCAUCAUAGCCAGAUUGAAGCCUACGCCGCCAAACUGUCAGUCCCCGUCCUGAACCAGACAUACACACAGAAGUUCCAGGACGCUGCUUCGCCGGAAUUCCGCGCAAUCGCUCUCCCGUUUUGUAAAGAGCUCGACAAAUAUUUUGAAAACAGUGGCUUGUCGCUGGAUUACCAUGGCUGUAAAGUGAGAUCUAUACGACCCGAAGAUAACCCGAGAACCUGUCAAUGUUCAGGCGCGGUGAGUGUGAGUGACUCGGCAUUGACCCUUGACAUUGACCUUUCAAUGACUGACGCCACACACCGAGCACGCAUACUGGACGUUCUUAGGUCAAAUGCAGUCAAGGUCGAUGUCUCUGGACUCAGAUUUGCCUUCAUAAACAACUUCCUGGUGGAAAUCUCCAAGUUUGAUGGCGACGAGUGUCUGUCUGAUCCCUGUUUCCAUGGCGGCUCCUGUGUCGAUAACAUCCAAUCCUUUAGCUGUGUGUGCAAAGACGGCUGGACCGGGCCCACGUGUCUAUUAGACAAGAAUGAGUGUGACGAUACCCCAUGCGCGAACGGCGGUAUGUGUAACAAUACCCAGGGUUCGUACACGUGCAGCUGUAGAGCCGGAUGGACAGGACAUGACUGUACAACAGACGUCGACGAAUGUGUGAUACUGCAGCCCUGUGCCCACGGAACCUGUAUAAACAAGCAGGGAUCAUUCCAGUGUGUGUGUCCUACUACCUGGACUGGCGCUCUGUGCGACACAGAUAUGAACGAAUGCGAUUUAGAUCCAUGUCAGCACGGUGGAACAUGUAGUAAUUUGGAUGGCAGUUUCGAAUGUACAUGUCCGAACGGUUGGGCGGGAAAUGUUUGUGAUGAAGAUAUUGACGAAUGUUACUUCACUCCUUGUCAACACGGGGGAACGUGUCACAAUAUUGCUGGUACAUACGCGUGCCGCUGUAGCCCGGGAUGGUAUGGACUUAACUGCGAGAACAAUUGGAACGAGUGUUCACUUUACCCCUGCGUGAAUAACGGGACAUGCGUUGAUACUGUGGGAUCGUUCCAAUGCCGGUGUGAGAGUGGCUGGGCGGGGCAGACAUGCGCAGACAAUAUUGAUGAAUGUCAGAGGAAUCCGUGUAUGAACGGAGCGACAUGCGUGGACACUCCGGGGACAUACACGUGCCAAUGUCCUCCUGAUUACACUGGCCCUGACUGUGGCAACGAUUUCGUGGUUGCCUUUCAAUACACCUCAUUAGUUAUAAACAGAACCUUCAGUGGCACUCUCCUGGAUACACAAUCACUAGACUUCCAAAAACUCGCCAAACCCUUUAUUUUCCAAGCGACAGUGUCUAUGCUAGAAAACCCUCGACUAUUCCCAAGCUUCAAAGAAGUAACUGUAUCGACAUUCAGAGACAGUCCCUUUUCAAUUGAUUGGGAUAUACAUUUCUACGGAAAUGUUUCUUAUUCAGUCCGUCAGAAGGCACUGAAUCACAUCAUGACGGGAAGUCCUCCGAUUAUAUACAAAAACACUAUCUGUACGCGGAUUGGGGAUCUGUUGGUGUUUCUGGAUAAUUAUACCGCUACGGAAGUGAGGCUAGACCUACGAGUAUUAAAUCUGACGACAGAUAUCUCCGACAGCUCCUCCAUUGAGUUUAAGUGGUACGCAAAGGAAGUCUGUGAAGAUAUUGUGAAUAUAAUGAGGAACAAUUUGACUGCAUUUCCCGAGUUCAGAAAAUGUGAACUUGUUCGCAUUAUAAAUGAUUCAGUAACACUAGACAUAAGGCUGACGUUUGAAGGUGAUUUCCCAGUAGAUGAACUCCGAACGAACGUUAAACAGUACAUCGUUGGAUCAUCACAAUUAGUUGAGCAUCAAUACUCCAUUGUGUACACCCUCGGAACUCUUCUUGUACAUUACAAGGAUGUGACGUCACAAAUAUAUAUGACGUUUCAAGUUAUGAACCUGACAUGGUCUUCUGAUCUCCUCGAUGUGACGUCUCGGACUUUCAAACAUCAUGCUGACUUUUUCGAGGCCGAUAUGAUGACGUUGCUAGGAUCCGAUUCACGAUCAUAUCCUUUCAAACAAGUGGACAGUCUAUUUUUUCUUAAUAAUCCAGUUACGGUUACCAGUGUAUUGACCUUUAAAGGCAACCAUUCAGAGGAAGCACUACUGGCGAACACGUCGGAUGUUAUAUUUCAAAAUACUCCUCAAUACUCCUAUAACGGAAAGAUAGUUAACCUUAUUGGUGAUGUACUCGUAUACUUUUCAACCUGGGACAGCAUACUCCAUGACGCCUGGCUAGCAAAUAUGACGCUGUCAAUCCAUGAUUUCAUGUAUGAGCCUGAUCUGGCCGACAAGUCGUCUCAAAACUUUGAGGACUUCCAAAGCGUCUUCUGUAACGACAUUGAUGCCUUUAUGACGGCUAGUGAAUUUGCCAGUCGAUAUUACCGGUGUUUCAUCACAGAUAUUGCGAAUACCAAUCCGGCGACACUGACAUUUAAGAUGGUUUUUAAUGGAACUGACGGGAUCCCCGACAGCUCUCUGAGUACAACCCUAAACACUAGUGCUCAGCACAUCACUGUAGCCGGGCAGGAUACUCUGUAUAUAGGGAGUAACGUUUUCUCCUUCGGGGAUGUACAGAGAGUUGCUGUCAACAUAUCAGACUAUACUACCACGACCGUCCCCACGACAACUGUCCUGUCUGUAAAUAUUUUGUUGAACGUGUCUUUCACUGUGCUGAACUUAAACUACACAAGCGACCUCGCUGACCCGACAUCAAUUGCGUUUCGCAACAUACAGAAACCUUUCUGUGACUUUUUUGACAAGUUAUGUGAAAACAGAUACCCUGAUCAGAAGUAUGACGGCUGUAAAAUUAACUAUUUCACAACCAACCCAGACAUGGUCAACUUUGACCUUUCCUUCAAUGGAGUACCAGACCCUGUGAUUCGGAACAACACGUUCAUGGCUUUGGUUGAGAACGCACCAAGACGGGACCUUAACAAUCAAAUUGCGAUCAUGCUCGGUCCUUUAGCUAUAUUUGAACAGACGUUGAUCACUGGCGGCUGAUGAAGAUGGAUGUCAAGGAUGAUGACGCGAAACUCACAAGUCAUACAUCUUCAUCCUUUAUGAGACACAUCCCUGUGUUGGUGUUGGAACAUAUGUCACUAUCAUUUGACAUACUGAUUUGGGCGAAGCAUCUCUAUAUUUAAUGAGACAAAUAUCUAGAUUUUGUUGGUAACGAUGCCGUCGUCGUUUGAUAUGCUGCCAUGGAAUAAGCAUAUUUUUUAGUCAUAGUUCAUUUUUUCUUUAAUUAGCUGCUGCAUUCUUACUAUGAUCAUUUGACAGUAAUGCUAUUGAAUUGUGUAGGGUAGACAACUCUGUGUCGAUGAAACAUAUGAUGUCGAAGAUAUUACGUGAUGUCAUUAUUAAAGUACACAAUAGUGUGGAGUCCAUCGCCAAUGGUGCGACUACUACACCCAUAGAAUGAGUGAGAGUGAUUACUUCAUACUGACAAUUUGUUAUAUACUGUGCUGUUCUGGGACAUUUGACACCUAGGCUAUCGUAUUUAAAUAUUCCGGAAGCGUUAUAGUUGUGAAUGAACGUAUCAGCGAAUGAUCGAUCUAUCAUGAUCAGUGUCGUUUAUAACCGCAUUUCAAGUUUGGGAGGCCAUUUUGAUUUGUAAGCAUUUUACGUUUGUUUAUUAUUUAUGUGUAAUAAUGAUAUAUUGUUGUAUUAUCCUUGGGAUAUUUAUAUUUAUAUUGUAAUUCAUCAUCCAAAUAUUUAUACUGUGUUUGUAGUGUUUGGCAUCCUCUGUCUUAUGUAUACUUUAUGUAUACCGUAUUUGUAGCUCAUCUGUUAAUUUUGUAUCAUCCACAUGAUAACCAUAUAAUGUAUGUCAUACUCAAAAUACAUAUUAUGUAGGUCAAGGGAUUGAUUUUUUGUCAUUUCUCUUGUUUAUUUAUAGUGUUAAUAAUUCACAGGUUUUAUACAUGAUAUAUGUUUGUUAUCCGCAGGAAAUCUUAUCCAUAUUUAUUAUGUACAGGGUCCACACAUACAGACUAUCUGUAUCUAGGGUAUGAAUUAUCCGCGGAAUAUCGAAUGGCAUGCUUAAGUCUUAGGAUCUACGAUAUUCUCAUGGAAAUACGAAAUUGACUCUCAAAAUGAAUACAUCAAUUAAAAGAUACCUUACCUUACACUGUCAAAAUCGUCAUAACGGAGAUAGUGACGACUGUUUGCCGCCAAUUCCUUAGUGUAGUAGCGAUUAUGAUAUCUAACGAUUUUAAUUAUACAAAAAACACAUUACUCACGUAAUAUUCAAGGUAAUGAAAGUUUCAUGCGUUUUUUCUUCGCACUUUACUUAGUUGAAAAUAAACUGAUGUUUUGCAUGGAAAUAUCGUAGAUCGUAUUUGUUGAAAGUAUAUAUUGCAUUGAAUGUAAUAAACUAUCGUCAUAAAUACCUGGAAGGACACAUUUCUCUUUCUCCUUCUAAAGAAGAUAUUACGUUCCAUGUUAGUUCCUGUUUGAUCGACGACUGAUGAAAUUCGCCAGUUUCAUUUAUCUAUUUAUAUGAUAUAUGUAGAGGUUUUCUUCUCGUUACUGUUUGGAAAGCAUGCUUUAACAUUGAUUUCGACUCCGAAUUAGACACAAAUUUCUGUUUUAUUGUACCUGUAUCAUAUAGAUAUGACUAUGCUGUCGGGACCUUUUGUUGUAAAUCUUGUCUGUAUCUAUAUGUGUAAUAAGUGCUAGUACAUGUGUCGGUAACAACCCUAGUGCUAUUGGUCCAAUACUUGUAUAUAUGUUUUAGUUACUCUGGGUGCGCUCAAUUUCGACAGUAAUAUCCAAUUGUCAGCCCAAAAAAUGUUAAAAUAUUUAUAGAUACUAUUUCUUGUCACCGGGUGGCCAUGAUGGUAUUAUGGUUAAUAACAACAGUAGUUUACAUUUAAUGGUAUUUAUAACAUCUUGUUUAAAUGAAGUUUAAUUAAAUUAAGAUGUAUCGUUAACUUCGGUGGUAUUAUUAGCAAUUAAAUACUACCGUUUGAAAGAAAACAACUAUAUUCCGCCAUUUUCGUAUUUCUAAUCCAUAAUUUAUUUGAGUUACAUAUAUAAUCAUGCACUAAUUAACAUUUUUGUACUUAAUAUACUAUUUCAACAGAAUAAUGAAUAUUUAUCACUAUCAAUUAUUCUUUUUAAUACAAUUUUGUCGAUAAUGUGUUUAAAAUUUACUAUGAUGUAACAUUUAUAAGUAAGAUAUUUGAAACUAUUUUGUUUUGUUUUAUAUCAACAUUAACUGUAAGCUAACUGACAUUGUGGUAUUAUCAAUUCAAUCGCGGAUGUUUCCUUGAGCAAUAUUCAUAGAUCGGUUAAUAGAGAAAGGAAUUCAAACUGACGAACUUCUCAUAAUCAUUUAUAAUUAACUUUUCACUUUAAAAUUGAUAAAAAGCAUGCAAAAAGAGCAUAAUUAAUUCAGUUAUUUUACACUAUAUUGCCGAGAACGGUGAUUUGUGCGUCUAGCGGGAAAUUGGCUCAAAUGUUUUGGAUAUAAAACUGCUGGAAAAUCCUUAAAGUUUGAAUGUUGACUUGUCCGCUCCCGACAUAUUUACAAACUUGUUUGAUAUCUUCCAUGUCAUAUUAACAGGCAUGUAGGAUUAUAUUUGUAUUCCAUUUGUCUGCCUUUUAUUAGGGAAAGAUGCUCAUUAAAAACAUUUGACAACACUAUGCU